UACGUCGAGACAAAAACACCAGAAGCACCCCAAAAAACACAAGUUUUGGUAAAGAUUGCCGCGGCUAGUGUUAAUCCGGUUGAUUAUAAAACUAGACAAGGGCACUUGUCAGCGUUUAAAAAGAUGACGUUUCCAGCGUUUAUUGGGGUCGAUUAUUCGGGAACUAUUGUUGCGAAAGGAGAUAAAGUUACCGAAUUUGAUAUUGGUGACGAGGUUUUUGGGUCAAUUGCCAAUAUCUUUUCAGGAAGAGGAACCUAUGCAGAGUAUGUUUUGAUUGAAACAAAACAAGAUGCUAUAGCGAAGAAGCCGUCAAAUAUUAGUCACGAAGAGGCAGCCGGCGUUG